CAGUGUGUAUGUGUCUUCACUCUUAGACUCUCAGCUGAAGAAGUGUCUUUUAGAAUAAAUCUCUUGACACAUGUGUUAUUACUCAUGUCCAUACAAAGAUGAAGAGAAGUAAAUUUAAGCCUGAGCUCAGCCUGUGAGCCACUCCCAUCCGCCCUGCAAUAAAACCAGCCCUUCCUACUUUUCUCGACACUUGAUUCUCAACACAUACAAAUCCCCUGAUCGGCCGUGACAACUCCUUUUGGCUUCAUCUAAAAUAUACAUUUCCAGUUUCUUUUUUAAAAAUUUCUGCUUUUGCACUCCAGCUUGAAUUUGGACUUUGCCUUAUUUUUGUUUUUACUACGUGUUAUUGAUUGGCACCUCGCUGCUGACUUUAAAGUUAUCAUGGAAGAACAAAACACAAGUCAAGAAAUGGACAGUCUUGCAACUCAAGUUGUUCCAUCCACAUCUAAUAAAGGAAAGAGGAAGUCCAAUCCUCAGGGCAAAUCUAGCAAGCAGCCAGCAGCUAAACAACAGCGUGUGUCUACACCAGGAAAAAACUCAGAAGCAAUGAUACUGCCUGGUGUUAAAGCCGAUAUGGAAAAGGUCAAGGCAAGACUACAAGAUCAAAAUGAACUAAGUGCUUUUCUAAAGAAAAAAAUAACAGAAUUGGACAAAGACAAGAGGGUACAAAUCGGUGUUUUUGGUGAAACCGGGGCAGGAAAAUCCUCUUUGAUAAAUGCAAUCAUUGAUGAGGAAAAUCUUUUGCCCUCUUCUGAUGAAUGUACCAGUGCAUGCACCUCAGUCAUCAUAAAGGUGGAGGCCUCAGAGGACGACAAGUAUCAGGCACUGAUUGAGUUCCUUGAAACAGAGGAGUGGAAAGAUGAGUUGUGGUAUUUGCUUCAGUCAGCUGGAGAUAAAAACAAUGAAGAAACAGCCGAUGAUGAUGAUGAUGAUGAUGAUGAUGAUGAUGAUGAUGAUGACAGUGAUGAUUACAUUGAGAACAAACUGUCAGCACUAUACGGAGAAGAAUGGAAAAAAAAUUCAGUUGAUGACCUAACGGAGAAAAAAUGUUUCAGUGACAUUCAUGAACUUCUUAAGUCUGGGAUGAAGACUUUCACAUGUAAAACUGCUAUGGACUUAUCUGGCAAACUUACCCCAUACACAGUGAAUAGCCCUUUACCUUCUCAGAGCAAAACAAGGAAAGGAAAGAGGUACUAUUGGCCAAUAGUGAAGUGUGUGACUGUCAAGGUGCCAAACAAGGAUCUUCUCCAGCAUGUCACACUUGUGGACCUUCCUGGAAGUGGUGACUGUAACAAGAGCAGAGAUGAAAUGUGGAAAAGGAUUGUUGGUGAUUGUGGCGUUGUGUGGAUUGUGACUGAGCUUAAAAGAGCAGCAUCCAAAGAGACAGCCUGGAAAAUCUUGAGCCGUGUCAGUAGGUUCAUUGGAAAUGGUGGCACGUGUGAGCGAAUUUGUUUUAUUUGCUCCAAGUCUGAUACAACUGGAAUUUCACAUAGCCGAUUGCCAGGUGAAGUCCAUAAACUCAUAGUUAACAGAAACGCACAAGCCAAGGAACAAGUAAAGCAAAAAAUUAAAAAUAAGAAGAAACCCUUCAGUGAUGACUGUUUCGAAGUGUUCACAGUGAGCUCCCGUGAGUUCCUACAAAAAGAGCAUCUAGAUCCAGAAGAAACUGAAAUACCUAAACUUCAAAGACUUCUGAAAGAGCUCAACAACGUUCACUCAGAGACAAAAGAUUAUGUGUCUGGAGCUCUCACGAUUCUCUCUCUGAUUCAAGAUGCCAAACACAAAAAAGCAGGUGAUAAAAAUGAAAAUGUGUGUGCAGAACUUAAAAACACCCUGGGAUGCAAAUAUGAACAAAUCAAGAAAGAAAUAGAAGAGGUCUACAAGACUUUUGAAAAAUGCCUUAGCAAGGGUGUUGAAAACUCCAAAAAAGAAGAUGAAAACAAAUUGAAGAAGUUAUUGGACAAUAAGAAUGGCCGUGGUUUUCACAAGACAUUAAAGUCUGUUGUUGAGGGAGGUGGGGUCCACAAAACAAGGAAAGAAAUAAACUUCAACGUGGAAUUAGCUUCAUGCCUGACUAACAGCAUUGAUGAAAAAUUCAGCAAGAUCUUCCCGUGUGCCUCCUGGUCUGACACUAUACGAAGCAAUCCUGCAGUUACAUACAAUGAUUUAACAUAUUUCAGACCAUUCAAUGGAUCCAUUAGUGCAUUUUCGCUUGGAACCGAUUCACUGACUACUGAGCACAAAGAUCUAAAACUACAACUGGAUUUUCUCAAGAUGGAGGAAAAAAAAAUUAAGGAGAAACUCAACGAAACCAUCCGGAUAGAAAAGAAAAUGAUCUACAACAGUCUGUUAGAGACAAUUGAGACAAAGAUGAAAGAAUGCUAUGAAGAGGCAGCAAAAUGUGGUGGAGGUGGCAAAUUAGAAGGUAUGAAGACCAUUAUCAAGAGCCAUGUACGCUCAAAUAAGGAAAUGUAUGAGGAAGCAAAAAAUGCCAUGUUGGAGAAGGUGGAUGCUUUAAAGAGAACCAUCCUGGAGGAUCUGGAGAAAGCCAUGACAGAAUCCAUUGAAUUUUCUCUCAGGACUGACAACAACUCACUCCCAGAUGUUUCAGAAGAGCUAGAGAGAGUGACAAAACAUCGUGAUGAACUUUUAAGCAGUCAACAUUAAAAAAAUGUAAUUGGGUAAAUACUGAUAAAAUGUUUUUGUGCUAAAUAAUGUGAACUGAUCCACCCAGCAGUUGCUCUAAAUCCAUGGUGUAGCUCCAUGGUCGUUGGUCAUUGUUGCCGUCACUGGGUUUUAUUAGCCCUAUUCAUCUGCAGCACUUUUUAAAACCUUAUGAUUUAACUACAGCCCAACCCAUGCAGCAGUGCAUUAAUGACUAACCUCGUAUUGUGGAUGGAUUAUCUCAGCUGUUCUCCUGACUGAAGUUGCGUUAAUUUUUAGCGAGCGAAAAAAGGUUAGCGUUCAUCCUCCAGCUUCACUGUGCUAAUGUUUUUAAAGUAUGCUAACCAUAGCUGUGUAGCUAGCCACCACUUAGCACAUCAUCAUAUACCAGCUAUCCCAACUUCAGUGACCCUAUAAAGGUCACUAAUGUUUAGUUUUCUGUCUUGAUUUAUGUCGGAAGUCGUAGCAGAGCUCUACGUUUUAAUUUUUCAGAAAUCCCUCAGUCAGAAUAUGGUAUAACUUCUUCAGGUUGAAACUAGUGAGCUAACUUCCUGCUAACUUCGAACUCUGUUAAACUUCAUAAAUGCUGUUUUCAUGGAUGCCUGGAUGUUAAACUGCUUUGUUAUACUUAGUAGAGCAGCCACACUGAUAAUUUUAGUAAAGAUGAAAGAAUAUAGACAGUUUUAACUCUCAGUAUUGCCGCAGUGUUUGUUUGGACCCAGAAACAGGGUUCAUAUGCCAUCGCUUAACAACACAGUUUCAUAUAAAGAGAUAUUUAGAUAGUAAUUCAAACCAGCAGUGGCAAGGUUUUAAUCAUAAAGGUCUAAAACAAAAUGGAAAUACUGUAUCUAAAAUCUGAUUGCUUUUUUGCUUUUGUAGUGGUAGUAGCUUUUUAAUUAGUUGUGGACUUGAGGUAGAUAGAAAAUUAGAGAGAAAUGAAAAGGUAAAAGGAUUACGAUGCAAACAUUCUUGGUUCAUGUCAACCAGGGAUAUGUGCAUUGUAUUUCUGUUGUGGUUUUAAUUUUAAGGGUCUAAACCAAAAGAAGAUCCAGAGCUUCAUGAUUUUAACUAUUUUGUUUACUUCCUAUACUGUGUUUAAAUAUGUUGUUUAGUUUUGCUUCAUUAAGUGGGUACUUUAUUUUUUUAGGUAUUUGGAUUUAACCUUGUGCUUCAUAGAACAAGAAUGACAAUUUGUAAUACAAAUAUAUCUUUUCUGCAAUACAGACUUUGAGUAUCAUAUGAUUAAUAAAACGGUAGCAAUUAACUACUAUCAACUUUUACUUAUGCUACAAUAUCAUUUUGAAUUUUGUUGUUACUAAUCUGUACUAAUUCUAAAUGUAUGCAUGUGCUUCAUUUUUGUCUUGCUGUUAUAAUAAAAUAUAACUUGAGCUUAAAAG